AUGGAUCCCCACAAGCAAGACAUGUUCAGGGCUUACAACCCUGAUUUUGAGGAACUACCCCCUGAUACCCACAUGCAAGUAUCUGAACCUAUGCAUCGUCAGCUUCAUGCCCAAUUGCUUCGACAGAAUGCUUCUGACAUUCUGGGUCAAUGCGCACCUCCCAUCGAUACCUUCGGAGCAACAGUAUCAGAGCUGUGUAUCAUUCCAGAAUUUGUUAGCAAUCCUGUCGACUGUUCAUUUAUGGAGCUGAGUUUCACAGACUCUCAUGUUGACUAUGACCCUUUCCCUGUGCUUGAUAACGGCCUGUUUCGUGGACAAGCGCUCCAACAGCUGCUCCAGCAGCCAGUCCCAAGAAAGCCCGAACCACCCCAGCGACAGCAAAUCCAUUCCACUCCCUCAUCAACAGCACUGUCAAUCUUAACGCCAGUAUCUUCGGUCGCUGAUGAUACUUGGGCACAAUAUCCCGCAUUUGCAGCCAGUAUGGGCCAUUUUGCAACCGCACCUACUCCAUUACGGCAACCACAGGGACCACCAGCCCCUCCAUAUGGGCCUGGUGCCCGAAAGCCUUUCAAAAAUACUACACGUUCUUUUGCUCGUACCCCUGAGCUGCCAAUGUGUCUCAUCAAUCAUCAGUAUCUCAACAGCGCUGCUCCAAAUAAAGCAGAGGUCGCCCUCAGUUGGGCGUCCUUGCCUCAGUCCCGAAGAAGACUAGCUGCCAAUUCGCCUUACACUUCAAGUGCCUCUCUGACGUCUACGGCGCCGGCGUCGUCUCGUUCUGCUCUGAUGCUUCUGACCCACACGGAAACACGGAAAGAGACAGCCGUGGCGCCACCAGCACCAGCACCACCAGCACCACCAGCACCGGCUCCACCGAAACGGCCACAACGGCACCAAAAGCUUAUUCAAGAGCAGACUAAGGAGCCUGAGCCCGUGCCCAAGAAGAAGCACAAGAGACGUCAUACCCAAAAUCGAUCGCGUCUGGGGUGCUGGAUCUGUCGCAUCAAGCAUCUUAAAUGCGACGAGACAAGGCCAGUUUGCAACCACUGCAAGCGUUUUGGCGUGGCUUGUGACUACAAUCCUGAACGGCCCGCCUACGUGUUUGACCGGAGCCUAAGACGUAAGAAGCUAGACGAGCUAGCUGCGCAACGGCGCAGAAAAAGACGCUGA